AUGGGCAUGGCCGAUGAGGUCGUGAGCCUGAGGUGUUCAGCAAUGCGCCUCUGCUCGGUGACCUUCAAUGUGAAAGGCUUGCUCUUUCGGAAAGGGGAGGGGACACGGUGGGUGAUGGGCUUGACAGAGAGGUCAGGGCUGGCCUCGUUCACGGGUGAGAGGCUGGACCGAAAGGACUUGGCUUGCUCCGAAGCUAGGAUGGCGUUUUUCUUGGCUGCCUUCUUCAGCAGCUUCUGGAGCCGCAAGUUGUCCUUCCCAGGCUUUGUUCAUGAGCCAGAGGAAGCCCCUGAAGAAGAGGAGAAGCCCAGAAUAAAACUAACUGCUCCUAAAAUACCAGAGGGUGAGAAAGUAGAUUUUGAUGACAUCCAAAAGAAAAGGCAGAACAAAGACCUGAUUGAACUGCAGGCCUUGAUUGACAGCCACUUUGAAGCCAGGAGAAAGGAAGAGGAAGAGCUGGUUGCCCUCAAGGAGAGGAUUGAGAAGCGCAGAGCUGAAAGAGCAGAGCAACAGAGAAUCCGGGCUGAGAAGGAGAAGGAGCGUCAGGCAAGGCUUGCAGAGGAAAAGGCACGGAGAGAGGAAGAAGAUGCCAAGAGAAAAGCUGAGGAUGAUCUCAAGAAGAAGAAGGCUCUGUCCUCCAUGGGUGCCACAUACAGCAGCUAUCUGGCUAAGGCUGAUCAGAAGAGAGGGAAGAAGCAAACAGCUAGAGAGACAAAGAAGAAGGUCCUGGCAGAGAGGCGCAAGCCCUUGAACAUCGACCACCUUAAUGAAGACAAGUUGAGGGACAAGGCUAAGGAACUGUGGGACUGGUUAUACCAUCUGGAGACUGAAAAGUAUGACUUUACAGAGCAGAUCAAAAGGAAAAAAUACGAGAUUGUCACCCUCAGGAACCGCAUCGAUCAGGCUCAGAAGCACAGCAAGAAGGCAGGAGCCAAGGGCAAGGUUGGCGGGCGCUGGAAGUAAAGAACCAGGCAGGAUGGCCCUUAGUGGCGUGCCGAAACCCUGCUGGUCUCCUCUUUCUUCCUUCACCGAUCACUUGUGUUCCCACGCCUCAACGAUAACAAAAAUUGCAACAUCAGCCUGGGUUGGCUAUUGCUCCUGCUUUUCUUCUUUUUCUUCUUGGAGGGGUCUGGCAGCUUCCUCAGUCAAAAGGAAGCAGGUUCCCUGUGAAACUGAGAUGACGCCUUGCUGGCAUCUUCAAUUC